AUGGGAGCCACUCCUUUUCAUCCCUCGAUCCUCAAGGUCCGGCUCCCAAAAAACUUUGACAAGCUGAUGGACAUGAGGUACGACGGGACUAAGGAUCCCCAGGAGCACCUCACAGCCUUCGAAGCAAGAAUGAACUUAGAAGGAGUAGGCGACGCGGUCAGAUGCCGAGCAUUCCCUGUAACGCUAGCCAGCCCAGCGAUCCGAUGGUUCAACGCACUCCCACAAGGAUCCAUCACAGCUUUUACAGAUAUUUCCCAAAGCUUCCUGGCUCGGUUCAUGACACGCAUAGCCAAGCCAAAGCACCCAAUCAACUUGCUAGGGGUUACCCAAAAAUCUGGGGAGCCGACCAGGAAAUUCCUAGACAGAUUCAACGAUGAGUGCCUGGAGAUUGACGGCCUUACGGACUCAGUCGCUAGUCUCUGCCUAACGAACGGCCUGCUAAACGAGGACUUUAGAAAGCACCUCACUACCAAGCAUGUCUGGUCCAUGUAA